AUCAAUUUUCACAGUAUUGCGAACAUGGUGACCACCGCUGAUUCUCCUGCGCCGGCGGCGCCGCCUGCUGCGGAAACGGUUCCAGUGGAUGUAUCAGCUAUGAAGAACAAGAAGUGGAUGUACGUCGAUGCAGCAGGUGGUCAGAAGGGACCCAUGGACGAAGCAGUGUUGAAACGAUUGCUUCGUCGGGGCCUCGUCCACGGCGAGACGUACGUGUGGUCGCCGGAGUUGCCUGUUGCAGAAUGGAAAAUGGCCAAGGACAUCGCGCUAUUCACGCCAGUGUGUGUACUGUGGCAAAAGGUGCCCCAGUGGCACUACUACGACCACCUGAAAGUCCAGCAAGGUCCGAUCUCGACGGCCGACUUGGUGCGCAAGUUCGAGGACGGCGAUGUCGACGGGCUGACGCUAGUGUGGAGCUCGUGCCAAGUGGUUGCAACCUGGACUCCCAUGGGUGAAGUGAGUGCCUUGAAGGAAGAGCUCCAUGAGAUCAACCUCGAGCGAGAGAAUGAAGAAGCCAUCUUGGCGACGCAGCAGUCGUUGGAUCCGAAGCUGCAGACAUUCCACGACGAUGCGUCGUCGACGCGGGCGAUUGUGGCCGAGGACGGAAAGGAGUUUAUAUACGACCCAGACACACGAAAAUGGAUCACGCCAGAGGACAAAAUUCUCGACGAGUUGGAGGACUUAGCCGAAGAUCGCGGCGACGAGUCGGCCAAGCCGGUCAAGAAGGCGGCUCCACCUGCCAGUUUAAGCCACUCGGACAUUCUGGAGGCGGCCGCCCUGGCAGCGAAAACGGAUGGCGGCGGCGACGACAGCACCGCCCCCACCAUCGACACAACAAAUCCAAAGAAGCGCAAAAAAUCAAAGUCGAAAAAAACCAAAUGGACGUCUUCCAAGCAAAAAACAUGGGUGUACAUCAACGGCCUGCCGCUUGACAUUACGAUCCCAGAAGUGCACGACCACUUUGUCAAGUGCGGCGUCAUCCAGAAGGAUUUGCACACGGACGACCCCAAGAUCAAACUGUAUCGCAACAAAGACACGGGCCAACUUAGCGGCGACGGUGCAGUGUGCUACAUGAAGGAACCGUCGGUGGAAUUGGCGAUUCAACUCCUGGACAAGUCUGACAUCCGACCCAACUGCCCCAUCGACGUGUCUGUGGCCGUGUUUAGCCAAAAGGGCGAAUCGUUUGUCGAACGCAAGCGCGUCAAACUCGAUAACCGCGCCAAAGUCAAGAAAUUCGAGCAAGAAAAGGCAUUGUCGUGGGGGGCAGGAGGCGACGAAGAAUUUCGCAUUGUCGUGCUCAAGCACAUGUUCAAACUGGACGAUUUCGAUGACAAGGAAGAAGGCGACGAGCUGAAAGAAGACAUCAAAAAGGAGUGUGAGACGUUGGGGGACAUCGCGAAAAUCACAUUUUUCGAAAAGCAUCCACUGGGCGUGGUGAUCGUCAAGUAUCACGACGCCGAGGGCGCGGAAGCGUGCAUUGACAAGAUGAACAAUCGGUGGUUUGCAGGCCAGCGCAUUGAGUGCAGCUACUGGGACGGCACGAACUACGUGAUCAAGGAGUCGGACGUUGAAGAGGCCGAGCGUACGGAAGCGUUUGGGCAGUGGCUAGAAGAAGGCGGGUCCGACGACAGCGACGACGACGGCGACGAUGGGAGGAACGAUGGCAUGCAUGCUGGCCGACGGGUGCUGCCGGAUUCCGACGACGAAGAGGACGCUGAUGGGGAAGAACAAGUUCACGCAGGUCGAGUGCUGCCCGACUUGGACGACGAUUGAUCACGACUAAAUGUUGAUAUACAGUACAGUACUGUCUGUGCACACCUGAACGCAGGAGUAUGUUCAUGCCAUUGGUCAAGGUGUAAAUAACAACAUAUUUGGACGGGA